CUCACAGUGUAGAGACAUUUCCAAUACCAAGCCGUUAGAAAUCAACAAUGAAAAAAUUGAACAUCUUAACACUCCUUACGAUUACCCGCCAUAUUCCAUGGGGUUUGCCAUGGUACACAUUAGGCAUAACAGCACAUUGCAGCGCCAUACUCAGCUACCGCUUGAGUGGACUAUUCAAUUGGGCCUUUGUGUUCCACACUCGUGCACUGACAAUGAUAUAUUAGCUUUAGCUGAGAAAUAUUUUAACGGCGACUAUUUUGAAGAAAAAUAUAUUUAUAACAUAAGUAUGCAAGUUGUAGAAGUAAAGAAAUUGAUUGAUAAUAACUUAUGGUUACUUGAAUUACCGAAAACUAUUGCUUUCAGCGUGAUAUUAGCCACAAUAUUUUUUCUCGCAAUUGGAGGUACGAUAUACGACGUUAAACGAUAUAAUUUAAAUAAACGUAUUCUAACUGGCUACAAUGUAGCCUGUAAUGGAAAAUCUACAAGUCUUACAACAGUUGAACUAGUUCCAAAGAGCUCAAUGGACGAACUACCUCGGCAGAGUAGCCUCGGCGAAAUAUUGCAAUGCUUUUCAAUUUACUCCAAUAUAAAGAACCUGGUGAAGACCAAAUUAUCAACCGAUACUGUGGGGUGUAUUCAUGGUCUCAGGUUCCUGAGCAUGCUCUGGGUUGUAGCAGUGCAUUCUCUAUUUUACCAAGCUGACUAUAUAAAAAAUGUACCCUUUGUUUAUCGUUUAUCGGAGGACUUUAUGGCUCAGAUUUUGAGCAAUUCCAGUUACUGCGUUGAUUCCUACUUGUUUUUGAGUGGAUUUUUAGUUGCCUACUUGUAUUUCAAAUCAAAGAAUCCUUACGAACAGCCUAAUAAACCAAUAAGUUAUUUAGUGAAAAUCAGGGAGUAUAUCAUGAUGUGGAUCAAUAGAUAUUGUAGAUUGACCCCACCAUACAUGAUGAUUCUGAUAUUUACAAACAUAGUGUAUACAUUUUAUCGGGAAACUUCUUCAUUGACGUCUUCAGAGAGAGCGGACAUCGCGUGUGAUAAGUACUGGUGGAGGAAUCUGUUGUACAUCAACAAUCUCUAUCCAAGAAAAGAGAUGUGCAUGAGUUGGUCUUGGUAUCUGUCCCUAGACACACAAUUGUUUACAGUCACGACGCUCCUAUUAAUUCUGUCUACAGUGGUUUUUAAGUUAUCUGCAGCUGCUGUAGUAUCCCUUAUACUAACUACCAUAAUAGCAACAGCGUGGAAAUGCUACUCAAUUGGGUACAUUCCAACAAUGGAUGAACAGCUAGUCCAGAUGGAUGCCAUAUAUGAUCUCCCUUGGAACAGGAUGGGGCCAUAUUUAAUUGGUGUCGUAACAGCGUACAUCCUAAAAGUGAAGUUGGACAAUAAACUGACUUUAACAAAGAAAAUGCGGAUAUCUCUGUGGACCAUCUUCUCUGCAUUAAAUAUAUGGAUAUUAUUCACUUUAUAUACUCGACAGUUGUCUGUAGAAUUUUCAGCAAUGUACAUGGGAGUAUCCAGAACUCUUUGGGGAGUAGGAUUGGCCUGGAUUCUAAUUGCUUGCUGUACUGGAAAUGCCAGAGCUUUGGACAAACUGUUAUCGUUCAGAGGAUUCAUUCCACUGAGCAGGAUAACAUAUUGCGCCUAUCUGCUGAAUCCUGUUAUGGCGAAUAUGAUCUACCAGUCGGCAGAAUCUGCAUUUGAGGCAUCCUUAGCAGAACUAACAUUUACGAUACUUGGCAUCACAUUAAUCUCUUUCUACGCGGCAUUCCUAUCUUUUGUCAUGCUGGAAUCACCAUUUAUACUUUUAACGAAAAUAGUUCUCAGGAAAAUGUCAACCAGGAAACCCCAGCCAGAACCAAAACCACAGACAGAUGAUAAUGAUAAGGCUAUUUAGUUAAUUAGUUAUUUAUUAUGCUUGUGUAAAUAAUUAUUUAUUGUCUUUUUAUGCAUAAUGUUUUAUACCUUUGGGGGCAUUUUAGAAAUUGAUCCUCAUGGCUAUUA